CAGUCAUCAAUGGCAAUUUCAGUAGAACGGGGACGCUUAAAAAGGAGUUUUUCUUUGGUCUUCCAAGAAUUUGGGAUCCUUGCGUAAACCCUGUGGAGCGUGGUUUGGUGGCCUUUGCCUUUAUCGGAUGUUGCUACCCUUAAUGCUGAGAAAUUGAACAUCUGUUAUGCCAUUAAGUUUCACUAUCCCCUUGAAUAUCGUCAUCGUUCGCUGGAAAUACAGGACAUUAGCUGCGCUAUUAAUUGCAAAUGGUGUAUGGAUUUUAAAAUUAAGCCGCCCACAACAUUGUCCGUACCUAGUGAGUAACAAGAACGUAUCCCAAGGAAGCGGGUUGAACAGGGUUCCUGCAGCAGACAAGGAGUCGAACUCUUCCGGUAGCGGGAAGGAGCAGUCAAAGCAAAUACAAAUAAAAUGGCAUUGGCGAAAGGACUUCAUUUCUACAUACUCAGUUGCUUGCCGCUUGCGAAGUCUUUCUCACGGAGGCAGCAAAAAGCUUCUAAAAGUAAAUAUUUACAUUAGCUCAGACUGGGAGUAACAACAAGUUAUGAGGAAAAAUAUAUUCAAUUCGCAUUCCAAUAUCAUUGCCCGGGCAAAAGGCCGAAGAGUGUGCACAGGAAAAACGCAAAGAAAACUCAGCGGAAAAGCGACCGAGGAAGCUUCUGAACCGACCACCGAUAGAGUAGUGGGAGCAUAGGGAAAGCUUGGAGCAGUCAUCGUUCCACACCGGCAGCAGUAAUUAGAAGCGAACCCAAGGAAAAUAAAGAAUAUCUAUCCCAACCCCUCCGGUAUUACAUGCCCACUACGGAAGCUAUACGCACAUCGCCUCGUAAGAGGGUGUAAUUACUUCAUUGAGUAGAAAAGAAAGAGUUUCUCCACCCUCCCCAGAUCACGUUGGAAGUCAUGGGCGACUUUCUCGAAAAAGCUUGGAAGCAAGAGAAAGAUUAAAAGUCGGUGAUAGCAAGCGGGAAUAGCCAGAAGACAAAUUUAUUGGCGUGUCUAGGGAACUUGUUGCUAAUUUUGGGUCUCUCUCUUAGGGAGUGAGCAUCGCCGUCGGCGGCAGUAUCGGCGGCAGAGCUACAAUAACUGCGAGGGUGUGUUAAGGUGUGAAUCGUGCGUUCGGUGAAGAGGAAGCGCAGAGUGACUCAAUUUCGAUUGUGUAUCCUCCGAGCAAAGUGAAUCGUUUAUUGAGCAAAUCAAGGGAAACGCGAUUGUCAAAGAUUUUCAGUAGAAAUUCACGUCGCGCGGAAAUUGAACCACGUUCCUUAUCUAAUAAUUAUCUGCGGACCGGACUAGUGACCUCACACCAACCAACCACCUUUUGUCAACUUCUUCUCAAAACCCUCCCCUGUGGUUGUUCGAUAUCCCAGAAAUUUCUUUUCAUUCACCUUACUUACUUACUUACUUACGACUUUACUUUAUCACCUCUAUCAACGGGAGUAGGCGAACUGUGCAAAAGUGUCAAGACAGUGCGCGCUCAUCCCCAUCCUUACGACGUAUCCUUCCCUAAGAAGUUCUUAUAAAUGCAAAGUGUUUUCCCCGAAUACCAACAGCACCCAGCAUGGAUACGUGAAUCGAAUUCUGUGACGUUGUCCGAGUGUUUAUUGUGUUGUCUGUCCAUUCGCCAUUUAUUAGUUUGGGGUGGUUCGUAACAGAUUUCUAACAAAAAUCACAAAUUCAUUCCCAUAGUCGAUACUCGAUUCGCAAAAGAGCACAACGGCACAAAACCUAAUAUAGGCGCACAGGAAGCGGAACUUGUUUUGAAUCACCAGAUUUUAUAGUCACCUUCAUACACUUCUCAAAAGGGUCCAAAAUGCAUCGUGUUUUGAGCUAUCAAACCGCCAUGAGCGCCGGUACCGGACGCGACGUUCGGGAAUAUGUUACAAAAAGGACAUGCGUGAGCUUAAUUUUGACGAUUGCAUUCUUCACACUGAUUUCAGGAUUCCUUCUUGGUAAAUUCGUAGCUGACCGUCAGUAUCACAUCAAAUAUUUCCGGGACACGGACCUGCACAUGCUGAAGGAUCUGAUCCUAGCGAGGAACACACUAGACUCAUCUGUCGAGGACAUUAUCAGACAUUCCAAUACCAGUGUCCACAACGAGCUCAACAUUGAAAUCUACUCGCAGUACACCCACUGCAUGAAGGACCCAAUCGAGUACAAGAUGCCACUCGACGUAUUCGUCGCAAGAUAUAUUAGCCAUAAAAUCUCGCAACAAGGGACAUGUUUUUUGAAACUUGGCGAAUUUGUUAGGAGUAGUUAUGACAAGGAGCGGCAACAGCAGCAGCUCCCGUAGAUUUAUAUAUGUUUGUACCUAGGUCCCGGGAACUUUUCACUAAUGAAAAAACAAUGUUAAACAAAUUGCGUAUACAUAUGUAGUGAAUUUUGUAUCAAUGUUUGUAUUUUUACAUUUAUUGUAAUGCUAGAAUGCAUGGGGGUGUGGCUGUGAGGGUGAAUGGGGUGAUAACAUUUGCGAAACACAGAAAACAUGUUAACAAACACACAACAUUAUACAAAAGGUAAAUGUUUAUAAUAAAUGUUUUCAACAAGAAGUAUAUACGUGCGGAAAAUAAAAGUACACACACAUGUUUUCGCGUAAAUAUGUAAA